AUGCGCCGUUCGCAUAAUAUCCUCUUUUUGCUCAACGAGCUUCAUCCAUUCGUGUACAAUCUACGAAGAGUCAGUGACGACACCGGGAUCGAAUCCUCGGUGGUCAAGCAUCGUCUGGACUAUGGAGACGAAGCCACGCUUGGCAGCCAGAUGGAGUGCCGUGUAUCCUUCUACAUCCUUUCACAUCCACUGACUUCAAGUUCACAAGCAUCUCCAUCACCACGUCCACGAUGCAACGACCUUCGCCAUGCAGACGGUCUUUCUGCGCCUGGAUCAUGUCUACUUAUUUCUUCCUCGUUCCUUUCUCAGAAUUCGAAAUGAGUCGCACAAUCGUCUCGAAUCCUUUGCUGGGAGCAAUGUGCAGGGCGGUGAAUUCUCCAAUUUUGUUCUAGACUCAACGAAACUUGGCAUCCAGUGAGGAUGGCCCAGGAGCGGCUCCACAGCCUCAUCGUUACGGCGUAGGCAGCCACAAGGAGAGAAGUAGCAGCAUUGUAUGCCCGACAAGCGACAAUGACUUCGUUGCAAAGGAGCAGACUUUUCACGACUUGGAUCACGACUUUUCACGAUAAGGUGCAAGACGACAUAGUGGAAAGGUCGGAGAUUGAAGUAAUUCCCGAGGUUGAUCAGCGUCAGAGCUGAAGGAUCAUCGAUAAGCAUUCCAGUAUCUCCAAACGGUUCUCGAUGACAGCGAUGUGCAGCGAUGUGCAGCGACGUCCCGAUAUUGCAAGAGACUGGACUUCGAUCAGUGGACAUUGUGGACGAGACGUCACUGACUUGUAUCAUUCGAAGAAAUUAGCAGCAGGGCAAACUCAACUGGCCAAGUUAUGCAUAUCGGCAUGCCUCGGUGACCAUGGAAGCUCUGGACCAGAAAUAAGCACUCAGAUAUCGUGAAAUUGAUCAGGAAAAUGGUUCGCUUUCAUCCAAACCCGGGAAAGUAAACCGUAGAAAGGACAAGGAGGCCUGCAGUGUGUCCAAACUCCACUCGUGCACUGUGUCACGUGCAUCCUCCUCGUCCUUGGGUCUUCUUUGCAAUUAUUGCCAAGUUCGUGCUGUACAGUAGACUUGUUGGGUACUCACGACGUACACCGACCAGAUGCAGUAACCUCGAGCACUAUAUGA